AUGCCCGAUCCCGCCAAGUCCGCCCCAGCGCCCAAGAAGGGCUCCAAGAAAGCCGUCACCAAGGUCCAGAAGAAGGACGGCAAGAAGCGGAGGAAGAGCAGGAAGGAGAGCUAUGCCAUCUACGUCUACAAGGUGCUGAAGCAGGUCCACCCCGACACCGGCAUCUCCUCCAAGGCCAUGGGCAUCAUGAACUCCUUCGUCAACGACAUCUUCGAGCGCAUCGCAGGGGAAGCCUCCCGCCUGGCUCACUACAACAAGCGCUCCACCAUCACCUCCCGGGAGAUCCAGACCGCCGUGCGCCUGCUGCUGCCCGGAGAGCUGGCCAAGCACGCCGUCUCCGAGGGCACCAAGGCCGUCACCAAGUACACCAGCGCCAAGUGAGC